CUACAACGGACUUCUUCUACAGUGGUCUCUCCACAGGUCGCCCGUUCUUCUAUUUCGUGUUUCAAAUGUGUUCUGGCUUUGCAACCAAGACAUUGAAAUAUGGUGUUGUUUUGAAUUCUGAUAGAUACUUGGACGUCUAAUUCUCUGUGCAAUUGACGCAGAAUGAUAAAGUGUGCAGCUUUAAACAUCCCGUAGCUGAAAGGAAUUUAUCUGGCAUAACUAGUGGAUGCCAGAUGCUCCUUUUAGUUUUUGGCAUGAAUAUAGUUGGUAAAUGGGUCUUUCCCGAGAUAAUGGCAAUUUUGGUUUUGGGGUUCAGCUAACCAUUUUCUAGGAAAUGAAAUCUAGUAGGAAAAAUAGUGAUUUGAUAUGAUGGUAUUGAUACAUAAUAGUGAGCUUUGAUUGGGAUUUUUUUUACAAUUAGAAGUUGGUAUAGGUUGUUAUGGACCUAGCCAAGAGCAAAAACAAUUGCAAGCGUGCAACUCAAUCCUGCAAUUGUUACAAAGUUGCAACUCUUACUAAAACUAUUUUGGGUUCAACCCAAAUUUUGAAUUUCAAAGACAAGUACAUCCUUGGGGACCAAUUGGGAUGGGGGCAAUUUGGUGUCAUAAGGGCUUGCUCAGAUAAGUUAACUGGUGAGAUGUUGGCUUGCAAGUCUAUUGCCAAAGAGAGAUUAGUUACAGUGGAUGAUGUGCGUAGUAUCAAGCUCGAAAUUGAAAUAAUGACUAGGUUAUCUGGGCACCCAAAUGUUGUGGAUCUCAAAGCAGUUUAUGAGGAGGAAGAUUUUGUGCAUCUAGUGAUGGAGUUAUGUGCGGGUGGGGAGCUUUUUCACCGGCUUGAGAAGCAUGGGAAAUUCUCUGAGUUUGAGGCUAGGAUUCUCUUUAGGCAUCUAAUGCAAGUGGUUGUAUAUUGUCAUGAAAAAGGUAUUGUACACAGAGAUUUGAAGCCAGAAAACAUCCUCCUGGCGACCAAGUCCUUGUCAUCACCAAUCAAAUUGGCAGAUUUUGGCCUAGCAACCUAUAUUAAACCCGGUCAAAACUUACAUGGGACUGUUGGGAGUCCAUUUUAUAUUGCUCCUGAGGUCCUGGCCGGAGGAUAUAACCAGGCUGCUGAUGUGUGGAGUGCUGGUGCUAUCCUAUACAUUCUUCUGAGUGGGAUGCCUCCAUUUUGGGGAAAGACUAAGUCAAGGAUCUUUGAUGCUGUUAGGGCUGCGGAUCUGAGGUUCCCACCCGAUAUUUGGGAUGGCAUAUCUUUGUCUGCCAAGGACUUGAUCACCGGGAUGCUCUGUGUAGACCCUUCCAGGAGGCUUACUGCUUCACAAGUUCUGUCUCACUCUUGGAUGAUGGAUAGUGCAGAGGCAGCUCAACCACCAUGUUGUGAACAACUUGAAGUGCACAGCAGUGCUUUCUCUGCUCCUUUCAUUGCCAGAAAUCAGGAUUAUAGUUUCAGUGAUCGAUCAUUUGCAACUGCUGAUGGCCAAAUGGGGCAUUCACCUGCAUUGACAUGCAGAUCAUCAUUUUCUGCGUUCUUGGUUAACAAUAGCUCACUUUCCUCUGUAUCUGGAGCUUUUUCUUUCAAUAGCUGUUGUGAAGCAAAUGCAACAGAAUUCUUAUCCUUGCUUCCCUCUAUGCCAAGUUUUAGCUUCUUCAGUCCAAGUUCUGCAGUUCAGCAGGGAAAUUGUGCUUCAGAUUUCAAAACCAAUGAGUCAAUGCUCAAUGCAAUUCAUGGAGAAUCAAGCUUGGGGAAAUUAUUGGGACUAUCAGAUUCUUCAGGUCCUGUUAGGCAUGAGUUUGGAGAAAUGGAGCAUGAAACAGAAAUUAGGAGGGGAGAAACCAGUGGAUCCAGGGUAUCAGCCAUACACAGCAAAAGAAAUCACACUAUCGGACUAGGUGAGCUUGAUCUGGUGGUAACCGAAUCAGUGAUCCGCUGGGCAUCAUGCACAUGCAUCUCAAGUGCCCCAUCUCUAAGAUCCUCACUCGUCUGCUGAAAGAAUGGACAAAGAACUAGUACACAUGAUGGCAUCUCGCUUGAGUCAUUCCCAAGGGAAAACUCAUUUAUGCAGAUAUUGGCAAGACUGGACUCACUGUUGGAGCUGCAUACUGAAGUUGAACUGAGACACCAGUCUGGUGUAUAGUGCCUUUUUUGACUCAGCAUGAUAGUGGGAUGGUGCUUUUCUGAUUUGAAAGGCUUACUUGUGCAAAGCAGGUGGCGUGAUUGGACAGUUGGGAGUUUGAACUUCAGGAUUCAGCUCCUAACAUCUUUUGAACAUUUCAAUGGCUCCAAGUGAAAUAUAUUUGAUUAUUCAAUCAGUUUCUAA